UUGACUUUCGUGUGCACAGUCGCUGGUCCUUACUCUGGAUAUGGCGGUGCCGGUUGGGCGACAUUCGUUAGCAUCGUCUCUUUCAUUUGCACACUGACGUUGUUGAUCAUGUAUUUUGUGCAUCUCAUAGAAAUGCUGAAGCCAAUUCCAUGGCUUUUACUGGAAUCUAUUUAUUGUGUCAUAUGGACCGUUUUUUACUUCAUUGCUGCCAUUGUUUUGGCGCAUGCCGGGGCCGCAUUUAGCGUUGCCGCCGCCUGGGGCGCAGCAUCACUGUUGUCUAACUACUUUAUGCUCUUAGUUUUUCUCGUUUGCGGCUAUGUUCACCUAUGGAGCUGA